AUGGAACCCCUCUAUCAGACUGGGUCCAUUCUCAUGAAGGUGAAUACCUUACAAGGAAAGAAAAUGGUGGAGAGCGGCCUCCAGUCUGGAGACUUGUCCCUCUCCCAGUCGUGGCCCUCCUGCCUCCCACCGCCGGCCGAGCUGGAGAUCCUGCAGCAGAAGGUGGCCGGGGUGCAACGGGAGCUGGAGGACUUUAAGAAGGAGGCGCUGAAGGCCAUCCGUUUCCUGGAGGACGCCUUCUGCGAGAUGAACGGAGCCCUGGCGCAGCAGGAGGAGCAGGCGGCCCGCGUGAAGCAGCGGCUGAGGGAGGAGGAGGACCGGGGCAUCGUGCGCAACAAGGUCCUCACCUUCCUGCUGCCACGCGAGAAGCAGCUCCGGGAGCACUGCAAGUGGCUGGAGUACCUGCUGCUGGGCCGGAGCCGCGUCGCCAAGAAGAGCCAGGUAGACUGA